CGAAAUACAGAAAAUUAACAAAACAAUUAAAAGAAGCCAGAGGAUUUGAACAGCUUCAACAAGGUGAAUAUCAUAAACCCCAUAAACCGCCGCCAUUGGAGCUCAAACCCACCAUCCUUCUUCGUUUCUCAUACCCCUAAAUCACUAAAUUAGCCCCAAAAUCAUGUUACAAAGCAAAUCAUUCGUUCGAAAGACGAAACAGGGCAAAGUUGUUAAAGUGGUCAGAGAACAUUAUCUUAGAGAUGAUAUAUACUGUGGAGCUUCGUUUUGCAAAGUUUGUGAUACGAAAGGCGCUCGCUUUACCUCCCCUGAAUGUACAAUCCUUGUUCUUGAUACUAAUGUUGUUCUGAAUCAGAUCGAUUUACUCGAGAAUUCAGCAAUUGAUGAUGUGGUGGUGCUUUCUGUGGUGUUGGAUGAGGUCAAGAACAAGAAUCUUGCAGUUUACAACCGACUCAGGGCCUUAUGUAGCAAUACUUUAAGAAGAUUCUUUGUUUUUUCCAACGAACACCACAAGGACACAUAUGUGAAGGCUAUGGCAGGCGAGAGUCCAAACGAUCGCAAUGACAGAGCUAUUAGAGUUGCAGCCCAGUGGUACCAGAACCAUCUUGGUGGUCCCACAAGAAUCUUGAUGGUCACAAAUGAUAGGGAAAAUAAAAGAAAGGCCACUGAAGAGGGAAUAUCUGCAGAUACAGUGGAGUCAUACGUGAAAUCACUUGGUCAACCAGCCCUUCUUGAUCUGCUUGUUCAACCUAACUCAUCCGAGGAUAUGGAAAUCGAAGAUUUGAGGCCUUCAAAGAAGAAAGCUAUAUAUACUGAGCAUAAGCCCAUGUCAGAGAUCACAUCUGGAAUACGAUGUGGAAUAUACCAUCAAGGCAAACUUCGUGUUAACCGUUAUAAUCCUUUCGAAGCAUAUGUUGGAAGCGAGAGUAUCGGUGAUGAAAUAAUAAUAUCCGGGCGUGGAAAUAUGAAUAGAGCUUUUGAUGGCGACGUAGUUGCGGUUGAACUUUUGCCUCAAGAUCAAUGGCAAAAUGAAGCGUCUCUUCACAUAGCUGAAGAAGAUGAUGAAGAAGAUGAUGGUGUCCACCUGGCACCGAGCAGCGCUGAUGUGGUUCCAAGAGUCACCAAUCCCGCACAAGGAUCUUCUGAGAAUGCGAAUAAUCCUCCUUCUCGUCCUUCUGGGCGCGUUGUUGGCAUUAUAAAGAGGAACUGGCAUGCUUAUUGUGGAUCUUUGGAGCCAAUGCCUAUGCCAGCUGGAAACGCUGGUAUAGCUCAUGCUUUAUUUGUCUCUAAGGAUCGAAGAUUUCCCAAGAUACGAAUCCAAACUCGCCAGCUCGGGAAUCUUCUCGAUAAAAGAAUUAUCGUUGCUGUUGACACUUGGGAUUGCCAAUCUAGAUACCCUUCCGGUCAUUAUGUUCGCACAAUAGGAGAUAUCGGAGACCGUGAAACUGAAACAGAGGUUGUGCUUAUAGAAAAUGAUAUUGAUGCAAGACCAUUUUCUUCACAAGUCUUGGCAUGCCUGCCCCCCUUACCUUGGUCGGUUUCGUCAGAAGAUUUGUCAAAUCCUAUAAGACAGGACUUGCGUCAUUUACGCAUAUUUAGUGUGGACCCGCCAGGGUGCAAGGAUAUUGAUGAUGCAUUGCACUGUACCCCACUUCCUAACGGGAACUUUGAAGUUGGAGUUCAUAUUGCUGAUGUCACAAAUUUUGUUCACCCUGGGACACCCCUUGAUAGUGAAGCUACACAAAGAGGAACUUCUACCUACCUUGUUGAACGUCGUAUUGACAUGCUUCCUAAACCUCUUACGGAAGAUAUAUGUUCUCUUCGGGCUGAUGUGGAGAGACUUGCCUUUUCUGUUAUUUGGGAAAUGACUCCUGAAGCACAUGUUAUAUCUACCAGAUAUACGAAGAGUGUGAUCAAGUCAUGUGCCGCUUUGUCUUAUGUUGAAGCUCAAGCAAGGAUGGAUGAUAGCCGCCUGAUGGAUCCAGUAACUGCGGAUUUACGAAAUAUGAAUGCUUUAGCAAAGAUAAUGAGGCAAAGGCGUAUAGAAAGAGGGGCCAUAACUCUUGCUUCGGCAGAAGUCAAAUUCCAAGUUGACACUGAGACUCAUGAUCCUCUUGAUAUUGGCAUGUAUCAAAUCCGAGAAGCAAACCAAAUGGUUGAAGAGUUUAUGCUUGCAGCUAAUGUUUCAGUUGCUGAACAAAUUCUUAAGAAGUUCCCUCAGUGUUCAUUAUUAAGGCGGCAUCCUAGUCCAACCAAAGAAAUGCUUGAACCUUUGUUACGCACUGCUGCUGCUGUUGGUCUUGAUUUAGAUGUGUCAUCAUCGAAAGCACUUGCUGACUCGCUUGACCGUGCUGUGGGUGAUGAUCCAUACUUUAACAAGUUGAUCCGUAUUCUAGCAACAAGAUGCAUGACACAGGCUGUUUACUUCUGUAGUGGCGAUCUUAGCCCUCCAGAGUUUCACCAUUAUGGGCUUGCUGCACCUCUGUAUACACAUUUUACCUCACCAAUUAGAAGAUACGCAGAUGUCAUAGUGCACAGGUUGCUUGCUGCAUCUUUAGAUAUAUACAAGCUUCCGCCAAUAUUCCAGGACCGACCACAACUUACUAGCAUUGCUGACAAUCUAAAUUAUCGGCAUAGGAAUGCUCAGAUGGCAAGUCGCUCCUCCAUAGAACUCCAUACUAUUAUAUUUUUCAGAAAAAGGCCUACUGACACUGAAGCCAGAAUUGUGAAAAUAAGAGCGAAUGGGUUCAUUGUUUUCGUGCCAAAGUAUGGUAUUGAAGGUCCAGUGCACCUGACAAUGAGAGGUGCAAAAGGAGGGGGAGAAUGGGUGGUGGAUGAGCAGCAACAGAUGAUUAAGAAGGUCGACGGGUCGAUUUCUUACGGUGUUCUUCAGCCUGUAAAGAUUCAUAUGGAGGUCGUUGAACCCCAACCCAACCGACCUAAACUUCAGCUCACUCUCAUUUAAAAUGUAAGAUUUUCUACUGAUGUCAUUUUAGAUAUAUUUAAAAGACCAUGGUUUAUUCUUUUUAUAUACAACCUUUUUUCAUA